CUAUCUAUCUAGAUAUAUACUGAACUCACCAUUAGGUACUUUUAAGCUCUUCAAGUUCUCACAUUCAGCAGUAAAGCAUUAAAAUAUCCAAUACAAGAAACAAACAAAGACAAUCCAUGGCGAUCAGGGUUCCUCGCGUGUUACAAUUAUCAAAGCAGAUUCUCCGUCAAGCGAAACUGUUCUCUUCAUCUUCCUCUAGCUCAAAUGAUGUUCCAAAAGGCUACUUAGCGGUUUACGUAGGAGAAAGAAAGAUAAAGAGAUUUGUAGUUCCCAUAUCAUACUUGAAGGAACCUUCGUUUCAAGAUCUACUAAGAAGGGCAGAGGAAGAAUAUGGAUAUGAUCAUCCAAUGGGUGGCCUCACAAUUCCUUGCAGUGAGGAAACCUUUAUCAAUCUUGCUUCUCGCCUCAACUGAUCGAUCAUGCCUCCACUCAAAUAACCUUUUUUCGUUGAUUUUUUUUGUACAUUUUUUUAAUUAUUCCAAAUUAGUUUUCUUCAAGAGAUGAGAUGAGAUGAGAUUGACAUCUCUCCUUGAAAGCGAAACAGAGACAUUGUAACACUCUUUUUUUCCUCACUUAAAAGUGAGUUGACUCGAAUCUAAUAAAUCCCAUGCAUGAUUCAUCAAGUAA